AUGGAAAAUUUACUCGUAAUUUAUCUGCUACUAAUCACAGUUACACUAGCAACUUCACAGUCCGUGACCGAUCCAACAACUUUCCUCCGAUGUAUCAUACGACAAGGAUCAAACCCACCGGAUUUUACCUCCGACGUCACCUACAUCCCAACAAACUCCUCUUACACCGCCGUCCUCCGCCGUAGAAUACCCAACCUCCGUUUCGACAAACCCACCACACCAAAACCCUUAGCCAUCGUAACCGCCUCCACGUGGUCACAUAUCGGGACAGCUCUAGCAUGCGCACGAGAGCUCUCUCUCCAUGUCCGAAUCCGAAGUGGAGGUCACGAUUUCGAAGGACUCUCUUACACCUCCACCGUCCCGUUCUUCAUCAUCGACAUGUUCAGUUUCAAAUCUGUUGACGUGAAUCUCACGGAAGGAACGGCUUGGGUCGAUACGGGAGCUACGAUCGGAGAGCUUUAUCAUCGAAUCUCCGAGAAAAGCAACGUUCUUGGAUUUCCGGCCGGUUUGUGUACGACUUUGGGAGUUGGUGGACAUUUUAGCGGCGGAGGGUACGGUACGAUGAUGAGGAAGUACGGAUUGUCGGUCGAUAACGUUGUCGGAUCCGCGAUUGUCGAUUCGAACAGUAAUACCUACACCGAUAGGGUUUCGAUGGGAGAAGAUCGUUUUUGGGCGGUUCGAGGAGGUGGUGCUGCGAGUUUUGGCAUCGUGUUGGGAUACAAAAUCCGGUUGGUUCCGGUGCCGCAGAAAGUUACGGUUUUUAGCGUCCGGAAAACCGUUGGAGAAGGAGCCGUUGAUCUUAUAAUGAAGUGGCAGAGUUUCGCUUCAAGUACGGAUCGGAAUUUGUUCGUGAGGCUUACGUUGACUUUGGUCAACGGUACGAAGCCCGGUGAGAAGGCGGUUUUAGCCUCUUUUAUUGGGAUGUAUUUAGGCCGGUCGGAUAAGCUAUUGAACGUGAUGAACCGGAGUUUCCCGGAAUUGAAGCUGAAGAAAACUGAUUGUACCGAGAUGAGAUGGAUCGAUUCGGUUCUGUUUUGGGCCGGUUAUCCGAUCGGCACACCGACUUCCGUGCUGCUGAACACGACGGUCACGAAAAAAAUGUUCAUGAAACGGAAAUCGGACUUCGUGAAGCGUCCGAUUUCGAGAACCGGUCUCGGUUUAAUGCUUAAGAAACUGGUGGAGGUUGAGAAAGUUGAAAUGAAUUGGAAUCCGUACGGAGGAAGAAUGGGUGAGAUCCCGAGUUCGAGGACACCGUUCCCACAUAGAGCUGGUAAUUUGUUUAACAUUGAGUACGUUAUAGAUUGGUCCGAAGCUGGAGAUGACGUGGAGAAGAAUCAUUUGGCACGCGCAAAAGAGAUGUACGAAUUCAUGACUCCGUACGUGUCUAGUAAUCCGAGGGAGGCGUAUUUAAAUUACCGUGAUCUUGACAUAGGGUCAAGUGUUAAUUCCACGUACGAAGAAGAUUUUGUCCGAUGUUUCAAAAACGAGACAAAUACCUCCGAUAAGGAUCUAUCCGACGUCGUUUUGCCACGUACCACCGUCUCCUUCACCACCGUCUUACGCGCUUACAUCAGAAACGCGCGUUUCAACACCACCUCAACUCCCAAACCAACGGUUAUAAUCGUUCCACGUGUCGAAUCCCACGUUCAAGCCGCCGUGAUCUGCACGAAAACGCUAAAAUUCCAGUUGAAGAUCAGAAGCGGCGGUCACGACUACGACGGUCUCUCUUACAUCUCCUCCGCCGUAACUUUCUUCGUCCUCGAUCUCUCUAAUUUCCGAAACAUCACCGUCGAUUUAAACGAUGACGGAGGAUCCGCAUGGGUACAAACCGGAGCGACGCUCGGCGAGCUUUAUUACCGGAUCUGGGAGAAGAGCGAGAUACACGCUUUUCCCGCCGGGCUCUGUCCUACCGUCGGCGUCGGAGGACACGUAAGCGGCGGUGGAUACGGACACAUGAUUCGAAAAUUCGGACUCACGAUAGAUCACGUCGUCGACGCGAAGAUCGUCGUCGCUAACGGCGAGAUUCAUGAUCGGAAAAUGAUGGGAGAGGAUCUCUUCUGGGCGAUUCGCGGCGGAGGCGGUGGAAGCUUCGGCGUCGUUUUGGGUUUCAAAGUGAAACUCGUGAAGGUACCAAAAACCGUAACUGUAUUCAGGGUCGAUAAAUUUAUGGACGAAAAUGCCCUCGAUUUGGUUUAUAAAUGGCAAUUCGUAGCUCCGAGAACCGACCCGGGUUUAUUCAUGAGAAUGUUGGUAUCCUCUGCGACGCAGAACAAGACUCGUACGGUGCGAGCUAAAUUAAGAGCUUUGUAUUUAGGUGAUGCAAACGACGUCGUUUUGAAGAUGAGUGAGGAGUUUUCGGAGUUGGGUUUGAAGAAAGAAGAUUGUAAAGAGAUGACGUGGAUUCAAUCACUCUUAUGGUGGAUGAACCAUGUAGAAGUUGACAAGGUUAAACCGGAGAUUUUACUCGAGAGAGAAUCGGAUUCAGCUAAAUUUCUCAAGAGGAAAUCUGAUUACGUUGAGAAAGAGAUGACCAAAGGAGAGUUAAACCGGUUGUUUCAGAAAUUGGCGACUUUGGAUAGAACCGGUUUGGUUUUGAAUCCGUACGGAGGGAAUUUUAACGCCACCGCAACGAAUGAAACGGCGUUUCCGCAUAGGAACAAACUAUACAAAAUCCAACAUUCCGCGACAUGGUCCGAUGCUGGACUGGAAGCGGAAAGACUUUAUAUUGAUAAUUUAAGAACGACCUACAAAAUCAUGACCCCAUUCGUGUCGAAAAACCCAAGAAGUUCCUAUUUGCCCUAUAGGGAUAUCGAUAUCGGGGUUAAUGACCAUGGAGUGGAUAGUUAUCGAAAGGGAGAAAUCUACGGGAGGAAAUAUUUUGGCGAUAAUUUUGAUCGAUUGGUUCGGGUGAAAACCGAUGUAGAUCCGGAAAAUUUCUUUAGGAAUGAGCAGAGUAUACCAACGUUACCUCCUAAUAAGAGAAGAUAA